AUGUUGGCAAAAUUAAGAGCUUGUUGUAAGGUUAGCCAAGAUGUGAAGGAAAUUAGAGAUGCCCAAAAAAGCAUCAACUUCCGUGAGGAGUACCACAAGGCUUUAAGAACAAAAUCCUAUGCUGAUUUCUUAAAUAAAGCUCAAAUAAUUGCAAACCAACCUUCCAUUUAUUCCAACCAGAAUAAAUUUUCAGAAAUCCUCCUUGAACCAGGCCAAGAAACCAUACCUUCUAUUGUUGAUGCAGCAAUCCUUUCAAAAACACCAGAACUGAAAAAUCUCAUGCUUAGUUACUUUGACAUCAGUGCUGAGGCUUCCCUCAUUUGCAGCCAUCUUCUCAAAAGCAUCAACCAAGUCCAGUUUAAUUACCAGUUCAUUCAAAGAGCACUAGACAUUAUGGAAGGUGACUCUCCAGAAAAGUUCAAACUAAUCAUUUCUGAGCUUAACUCAUUCAUCUUCUCAAGUAACCCAUUUUCAGACCUUAACAAUCAUGACUUUAAGCUCAUUAGUGAUAAGUCUUCAUCAGUAUUGCACCAUUUGAAAUCAAUGAGAAAAAAGGUGGGAAGGAAAAUUAAGAUAAUGAAGUAUUUGAAAAAGACAUCAGGAAUUUGUGUUACAGCAGCUUGUGGCUUAGUUGCAAUUACAGCCACUAUUAUAGCAUUACAUACUUUAACAGCAUUAAUCAUGGGGCCAGCAAUUCUGAGCUUCCCAUUCAAGAGUCUUAAGAGGAAGAUUCUGUGCUUAAGGGUUCCAAGAAGUAGGUUUCUUAGAAAAGUUCUUGAUCAACUUGAUAUAGCAGCCAAGGGAACUUAUAUACUGAAUAGAGACUUUGAUACAAUGAGUAGACUUGUAACUAGGCUGCAUGAUGAAAUUGAACAUAACAGGGCAAUGGUGCAAUUCUGUUUGGACAGGAAAGAUGAUAAAUUCUCUGUGCAAAUUGUUAAGGAGAUUAAGAAAAGUGAUGUUGGGUUUAAGAAACAAGUGGAAGAACUUGAAGAGCAUGUGUACUUGGGCCUUGUGACGAUUAACAGAGCAAGAGGUUUAGUUAUUAAGGAAAUGACAAAAACAUGUAUAGAGGGCAUUGGAGUGUAG